CACAAGAUGCCGUCACUAAACUAAAGAUCCAAUGAGCACGUACUCAGACGGUAUUCCGACCUCCUUCGACCCUGCUCUCCUAAACUCCGAACUCGAAUUUCUCGACGCGCCCGCCACCAACUCCUUCUCCGACGACCUCAGCGCGAUACAGCAGUGCCUCGCAGAAGAAAAAGCCAAGAAGACCGCCGCAGGCAUAGUCAUACAGCAUCGCAUUUGGAGCACAGUGGAAGCUUUUAGGAGUGAGGAAGACUACCCAAUCGACACGCCGCUGAAGCACCAAAAAAACGCGCCUCUACAACGCUUCCCGAUCAAUAGUGGAUUCGCCUCCUCACCACCCAUCAUGCCGCUUAUAUCCUCGCCUGUGGCGUAUCCGGCCAGCUCGUUACCAAAUCCUAGCCCCCCGAAGAAGAGAAAGCGAUCGGACGCAGAGCGCAGCCCGCUCAAGGACGUACCAAACACCAAUGGUUCAAGAAGAGUGGGGGCUUUUUUGGACGACUCAGAUGAUGAGGACGACAUAGCAGCGCUUAAGGAGCAGGCGCUGAAGAGGAGAGCGAUCAACAGCAUAAAGGACCUUCCAGCUCUGCCAGAUGGGAUGGACGACUACACCCCGCCGGCCAGCCAGUCUGAGAUCGCCGACCCAGAGACGGUACCUAUCGAGGCCCUGGAUGAAUACUUCAAGUCACCUUCGCCGGUCAAGCAAUCUGCGAUGCCAAUCGCAGAACCUACCUCUGCGCAGCCAAAUCGCGGCAAGGUUGUGCGGACGGCGUCUGGGAAGCCAUUCUACCUCCCUAAGAAGACUCAGCGAGAGUCUAUAUCAUACGAGCAGCUCAUCGCGGCUCGGUCCGACGGGGAACAAGGUCAGGCUAGACAGAGCUACUAUGGCAUCAACAUCCACCGCCUCAUAGAUGAUGCGAAAGCGAUGGACGAAGCAAAGGCUGUGCAACAAGAGCAAACACGCGCCGAACCCCCGCGACAGUCCGUCGAACAACCUGUGUCUGGGAAGGCGAGCCGGACGUUGAUGUGGACUGAGAAAUACCGCGCGAAGAAGUUCACAGACUUGGUCGGCGAUGAACGUACACAUCGCUCUGUUCUGCGAUGGCUCAAGGCUUGGGACCCGAUCGUUUUCCCGGGUGCAGCCAGACAGAAGCCGAAGAGUGCAAAGAAAGGGCUCGAGGAAGAGGAGCAGAAACACCGCAAGAUUCUGUUGCUUACUGGACCGCCUGGUCUCGGAAAGACGACCCUAGCCCACGUAUGCGCUCGGCAGGCUGGCUACGAAGUGCAGGAGAUCAACGCGUCCGAUGAGCGCAGCAAAGAUGUUGUAAAGGGCCGCAUUCGCGACAUGGUCGGCACCGAAAAUGUUCGUGGAGUCAACACAACGACCGCAGGUGGCAAGGUUCGAAAAGCGGGCAAACCCGUGUGCGUGGUUGUGGAUGAGGUCGAUGGCGUGGUUUCUGGUAGUGGUGGCUCUGGCGAGGGAGGCUUCGUCAAGGCGUUGAUCGACCUGAUCAACCUGGACGAGAAGAACUCGAAAAACAUUGGACAGCGGAGCUCGACAGGGCCAACGCGCAAGAAAAAGGGGGAUAAAUUUCGGUUAUUGCGUCCACUCAUUCUGAUCUGCAACGAUGUAUACCAUCCCUCGCUCCGACCGUUGCGACAAUCAUCAUGCGCCGAGAUCGUCCACAUUCGCAAGCCUGCGCUGAACAUGGUCGUCUCACGCAUGCAGGAAGUCUUUGUCAAAGAGGGGAUUCAAUGUGACUCAGACGGUGUACGACGCUUAUGCGAGGCCACCUGGGGCGUCAGUACAAAGAAAGAGGGCGGCACAGGAAGUGGAACAGGCGAAGGAGAUAUCCGUGGCGUCAUGGUAGUGGGAGAGUGGGUUGCCGGUCGCUUUAGAAGCUCUAUGGACCUGAAGGCAAAAGAGAGACCCAGGCUUAGUCGUCGCUGGAUCGAGGACAAUAUCAUCAACGACCUCGGGCAUGGGGGUGGAGCAGCUCGCAGCUUAGGACGAGGUGGCGCAAAGGAUGUCGUCGACCGUGUCUUUCGCGAAGGUGCAGGCUUUCCUAAGCAGGCCGAAACUACUGAUGUCGCCACCGCAACCGCGAGAGCAAAGCAGGGUGUCGUUGGUGUCGCCGAGGCAGCAAAGAAACGCGCAAUGGCCCGAUUGCGGGAAAUGAUAGACACGAGCGGCGAAAGCGAUCGUAUCAUAACUGACUGCUUUUCUGCCUAUCCCUUAAAGGCUUUCCAAGACGACAACUACCUUACCAAGCCCACCGCCGCAUACGAAUGGUUACACUUCCACGACACACUUUCAUCCGCCGUUCACGGAUCCCAGGAAUGGGAACUCGCGCCCUACCUCUCACAGUCUGUCCUCGCCUUCCACAACCUCUUUGCUUCUCCCCGCCAACAGUCCUCCAAUCCCAUUGCAGACCCUGAUGCAGAAACAAGCGCCUUUUCUGGACCAAGCGCAAACUACAUGGCUAGUGAGGAAAUGAAAAAGAACAGGGCACAGUUGAUGGCACUGCAAAGCACACUGAGUCUCCCACUAACGCGGCAGUUCCGGAGUCCGGAAGAAAUGGCGCUCGAGCUCAUACCGUACGUGCUUAGAAUGCUGUCGCCAGAUGUCAAACCCGUGAUCGUGAAUACCGGUGCCACUGGCUCGAAAUCUGUGGCCACUGCCUCCGUCCGGAAAGCAUCCGAAAAGGUGCUCAUCAAGAAAGCUGUGGAAGCCAUGGCCGCGACAGGCGUCCGGUUUGAGAGGAGCAGGGUUGAACUCGAAGACGCGGCGAACCGGACCGGCGGCUGGGUCUUCCGCAUGGAGCCUCCGCUCGACUCCCUCGCCGCUUUUGAAACGCUAGCUGGCAAGAAAGACGAAAAGGUACGCUAUGCAGUCCGCAGCGUAUUGGAAACAGAAUGGAAGAAGGAGAGCGUGCGGAUGGAUGCUGAGGCCGCGAAGCGGAGAGGCGGACAUCUUGACACUGAUGACACUGUCGAUGCCGCGAAGGAGGAGGUUGAUGCAGUGAAGGCGUCGGAGGAGAAUCAGAGGGCUCUGAAGCGGGACUUCUUUGGGAGAAUUAUUAAAGAUGUUCCGAUGGGACAGGGGGUAAGGAGAGAGAAGACGCUGGUGAAGAAUCAUGACGAGGGGAGGAUAUGGGUGAGCUUCCAUGAGGGUUUUUCUAAUGCGGUGAGGAAGCCUAUUACUAUUGAUGAGCUGAUGAGGGGCCUGUGAGUCUGGACUUAG